AUGGCUCCAGACUCGGCAGCACCUUUAGGCUUCGACUCGGAGCUCGACUCCUUUCGACGGCAAUGGAUCUCCGACUUGCUUUCCAGGAAUAGCCAGCCCUCGGCACCCCCUGCUGCUCGUCCACCAUACACAGACGCCAGGGCCGCCUUGCCGAAGGCGACGUCACCAGCCCCUCACGGCAGGCAUGCCACGUCAUAUCUCGAUGAUGGCGAUGACGAUUACCUCCAAGGUCGAACGUUUGACGACCCUCCGCCGCUCUCGUCGUCCGGUCAUGCCCUGAGUGAAUCGGUGAACCCGGCGCAGGAGCCCCCCAACGAUCUCGUCUCGGCUCUCGACCACUACGAGGCGGCGAUGGAGAAGGAGGCGCAAGGAAACAUGGGCGACAGCUUGAGACUGUAUCGUCAGGCUUAUCGGCUGGACAACCGCGUGGACAAGAGAUAUCGGGAGAAGCACUUUCCCGUCGUCGUGUCGUCCGAACCCAAGCCCACACCAGCAGCGUCGUCGUCGACGCCAUCAUCGGCAGCAGCAGCUCAGCCUUCACCGUCAGGAAUGGCAUCCGAUGCUCCUGAGCCACUUUCCACAGCCGACCUCGUCGCCUCUUUCGCCAGCCUCUCCAUACAGCCCGCCCCGCCAUCUGUCGAAAACACCCCCCCUCCACCUUGCCCCAUCUCGCUUCUCCCCGCGGAAAUCCUCAUCCACAUUCUCUCCGACCUCGCCGCCCUCGAUCCCGGCGCUCUCUGUUGUUCCGCCGCUCUCGUCUGCAAGCGCUUUGCUUACCUGGCCGCCACGGAGGACUUGCGCAUCUGGCGUCGCGUCGCCCUUGAUGGGCGCUUCGGCUUCGGAGGCAUGCACUACCGCUUCCGCCGCUCUGUCGACUGGGACCCCGUCGAGGCCGGGGGCGACAACGAGGGAGGUGGAGCGGCUCCGGAUGAUGCGGUCCACCAGAUGCUCCACGAAGGCAUCGUCCCUGCCAUCCUCGACACACAGCGCGACGGGCAGGACCGGCUGGCCCAUGAGAGCCUCCUGUUCAGCCGCGCCCUCAUCCCCAAGGCAUAUGCCUCGUGGCAGCACAUGUUUCGCGCGCGUCCGCGCGUCCGCUUCAACGGCUGCUACAUCAGCACCGUCAACUACAUCCGCACCGGCCAAAUGUCCACCAACCAGGCCACCUGGGGCGGCAGCCCCGUCCACAUCGUAACCUACUAUCGCUACCUACGCUUCUUCCGCGACGGCACCUGCAUCAGCCUCCUCACCACCUGCGAGCCCGUCGACGUCGUUCACCACCUUACCCUCGAACAACUCCGCCUCCACCGUGACCGCGAACACGCCCACGGUCACUUACCCUCGGCCCCGAUGCGUUUGGCAUUAAAGGGCCGAUGGCGUCUUUCCCCGUCCCUCGAUAGGCCGACGAGCGGUCGCACCCCUAGCUUGCUGCCACCACUGUCCUCGUCUCCGUCGUCGGCCGCCGCACCUUGGGGUAUCGACGGCGAGCACGAGGGCGACCUCGUCGUCGAGACCGAGGGUGUCGGUCCCAAGUACAUGUACAGGAUGGAUCUCGCCCUGCGAAGUGCCGGCAGGGCUGCGCGCAACAACAAAGUCAUCUGGCGCGGCUUCCACAGCUAUAACAAGCUGACGGAUGACUGGGCCGAGUUCCGUCUCAAGCACGAUAAGCCCUUCUUCUUCAGCCGCGUGCGUAGUUAUGGCAUGGGCGAGUAA